UUGCUUUCUGCUUUUUAGUCUUUGAUAUUAUUUUGCUUCAAUUCUUUAACUGGAUGUUACUAUUUUUACAAUAACAUCGUUUCUAUUACAAUGGAAAACAUACGGUCUUAUUUAACUAAUCACAACAUCAGAGAAUACCGCAAACUUUUUUACUUGUUCUGUACGUUUUCAACACAUCUCCGUUCAGACUAGCGAAAUACGUGUCUCGUUGGAUAAUCCGGACACAUAAUUUCAUAAUUCUUUUUAAAAAUAUUAUUCAUUAUUUGAGCAUAAACAAGAGUAAUGAGAAUAUAAGUAAGGUGAUAAAUAAGUAGUUAACGGUGUGUAAUAUUUGCAUAAUCCAAAAAUUGCAAGUACAGCACAAAAGAAAAUGGAAAAUUUAAUGAACAACGAUAAUGACUGGCUGGAUUCGAUUUUAUCGGACGAAUUGCUUAAUGUGGCUGAUUUUGGGACUCAAGGCAGUGACUUGUUAAUGGAUGAUGUUUUUACAAACAGUUUAGAAGACCAACCAAUCUUUAAUGACGAAAAUUUCAAUGAACCUAUAUAUUCAUCAGCAGCCUCAGACAGCGGAUUAUCCAGUGACAAUUUGGACUUAGACAUAAAUAAUGAUUUUGACCUUCUGAGCUCGUGCUUACCAUCGCCUGGAAGUGAUGAUCACUAUGUCGAAACCACACCACCAAAAACAACCGCAAAAUCACGACGACAAGAAAUUGUACCAGCAAUUCUAAAACGUAGCACGCGAACCAACAGGAAUAAUAUGAAAUAUGGGUCAGCGACCAUGAAAAACACCAGCAGCAACAACAACGUAAAGAAAGGCGAACAGAAAAUUCUACAUGUCAAGAAUGUAAGUAAUAAAUCACGUUCGAUCAUCGUUCCCGUUAAUUCACAAAACAAUAAGGAAUUCCAUUCGAUUAAGAUUGUUAAUUCAGGAUCAGCACAGUUGAAAUCAGCAAACAUCAAGGCAGUCGCUGCAAACUUGUUACAAAAGUCAAAGCAAGGAUUAUUACAGAAAAACAUUUUAAUAACUAAGCAGGAGUUCGAAGAUGAUGCAAACAUGUUAAAUUUCGAUGAAAUCAUGCAGGAAACAGACGAAAUGAUAGCUGCACAUGACGAUGAUGAUAAUGAUGAUGAUGACGAUUCAUCAGCUGAAAGCUGUUCAUCGGGAUAUCCAAAAUUAGUGCUGACAAAUGAAGAGAAACGCUUGCUUUCUAAGGAAGGAAUUUCCUUGCCACAAAGUUAUCCACUUACAAAACAGGAAGAACGUGAAUUAAAGCGUAUCAGGCGUAAGAUUCGCAACAAGAUUUCAGCACAAGAUUCACGUAAACGUAAGAAGGAAUAUAUUGAUGGACUCGAGGAACGUGUUAAGCUAUGUUCGGAGGAGAAUCAUCAAUUAAUUAAGCGUAUUAAAGUAUUGCAGUCACAAAAUCAUGAUCUUAUGUCAAAAAUGAAGAAAUUGCAAAAUCUGUUAACAAAAACGACCGGCAAAACAGCACAGCCGGCAACAUGUCUAAUGAUUCUCCUGCUUUCAAUGGCACUUGUAGCUGUGCCAAAUCUAAAAUUGGAUAAGCAGAGUGCAAUAAAUGCAAAGGAUUUAGUAACAGCAUUUGGUGAACAACAAAGUCGUCGUAACUUAUUGUUUGACCUUAAAUCAGAGCUAGAAGAUCUCGAGCCAGAUCCGCUAAUGUAUAUUCCAAAUGAGCAUGAUUAUGUUGAGAAUGUCUACAAAUAUGUAUCACAGCUGUCAAAUGACAAUACAUCACCGCCGCCAGCAAAAAGAUCUAAAAUGCUAAUUGAUUAUGAUAUUGAUUCAAUGAAUGAAUGGGAACUACAGAAAAGGUCGCAUUAUGAUGACAGUAACUACUCAGAUUCACUAUCUGACUUGAGUAGUAAUCAUGAAUAUGAACUGGACUCUAAGCAUUAUCUUGGGCUGAAUAAGAGUGAUGAAGCGUUGAACGAAUCUGAUCGAAUUCUGGUGCAGAAUAUUAUUAAUUUAGCAGCAACAGCGGCACUACAGAAAUCGAGUUCGUCCUAAAUUGGUUUAAAAAAAUAAGGAAAGAAUAAUUUUGCUUUUAAAUUGAUUUUCUUAAAAACUUUUAUUGCUAAUUGCAUUUCCUUUCUUUAAUUAUAUUGCAAUAAUACGAAGAAAACAGCAUGAAAUGAAUUAUUUCGAGCAAGUCUCAGGGUUGGUAGUUGCUUGAUGCGCGUGAUUGUUGCUUAAUUGAAGCAUAAUUUAACGGUUUUUAAUAAUUUAAAUUUUUGCUGGAAGUAAUUCAAAAUGAAACUUUCUGUUGAAAUUUAAUGAUCCUUGCAUCGCGAAAUACAUUGGUUCUCACCUGCCAACUCUGAUCCAGCUUUCUAUUCGUUAAAUUUAACUUUUUAAGUCGAAAUUUACACACCAUUUCCAAAACACAAAUGAUUUUUAUAUAAAGUAAUAUAUAAUUAUGGUAAUAAUUUGUAGGAAAAGAAACUUUAUUAUUGAUAUCUGUUGAUUUUAUAAUGUCUUUUAGUAUUUAGUCAAGUUUUUUCUUCUUUAAUUAAAGAAGAAAAGGCUAGAAAAAUGUGGAAAUAUUACCUAAAUUGUGAAAUUAAGGAUAAAAAUUAUUCUUUAUGGAUUAUAAUAUAUGAAUUAUAUAUUUUUGAAAUUUAAGUACUUUUAGUUGCCUAAGUGAAUGUUAAUUAAUUAUAAUUAAAGCAAAUCAUUUUUUUCAUUUUCUGUGAGAAAAAAAUCAAGCAUAAUGAUGUCUUAAUUGAUGAUGCGAUAACAUAUAAUUUUGCAUGGGGGCUAACAUACAUAAUUGCAUAUGCUGGAAUAUAAUAUGAUGAAUAAAAACUUUUUAUGGAUAUCAUAA